ACAGAUACGUGGAGUACGAAGUGAAUGAUAGGAACGAUGUUUAAGUGCUGCGUAUGUAACAGCGCGUCGAAGGCGAACACCGAGAGAGAGGAUGACACGCCAGUGGGAUCACCCAAGUUGACCACAGCUUCCGUCGAAGUGGAUGACGAGAUUAAAUUCGCGACGAGGGUGGACAAAUUGAAUGGUGAUGUGCAGAAGUCGCCAGAAAAUAUUUCAUUAGAGAAUAAGGAUGUCUCGUUAGAGGAUAAAGUUAUCUCUUUAGAGAAUAAGGAUGCCUUGCCAGAGGAUAAAGAUGCCUCACCAGAAGAUAAGGAUGCCUCGCCAGAAAGUAAGGAUGCCUCGCUAGAGGAUAAGGAUGUCUCGUUAGAAAAUAAGGAUGUCUCGUUAGAAGAUAAGGAUACUUCGCCAGAGGAUAAAAGUACCUCACCAGAAGACAAAGAUGCCUUGCCAGAGAAUAAGAAUGCCUCGUUAGAGGAUAAAAAUUCCCCGCUAGAGAAUAAGGAUGCCUCGCUAGAAGAUAAGAACAUCUCGCCAGAGGAUAAGGAUGUUUCGCUAGAGGAUAAGGAUGCCACGUUAAAGGAUAAGGAUACCUCGCUAGAGGUUAAAGAUUUGUUAGAAGCUAAGAAUGCCUCGCUAAAUUCCACCCCGAUUCGCGUAAAUUCGCUAAAUUCUACUCCAAUUCGCGUAUAUUCAAACGGAAACACUGACAUUGAGGAAAGCUCGAGUUCGUCUUCGACGAAAGAAACGGUUGAGGAAGCCGGUGAAGAAAGCGUCUACAAGAUUGUUGACGAUAAAGAUAACAGCAACCUUGACGGUGUCGCUGAAGAUUGGACGCAACCGAUAGAAAAUGUUGACUCUAUUGGUACUGUUGCUUCCGUCAAAACGAAUCUUUAUGACGCGUCGGGAUAUAUAGAAAGGACGAUCGAUGAUGGACCGGAGGAUGAAGGUGACGAUUCGGUAUUUGAAGGCUAUCCGAGUGAAAAUGAGAUCAAGAAGGCGCCACCAGUUUCCUCGAUUCCACGUUGGCUGUCCGAGGAAGACGACGGCGAAUACGUCUCGGGUGGAUGCAGCGGCAUGCAGGAACCGCCGGCGACGCCCGUCGCUCGCGACGAGUUAGCUUUAAGGCGACACAGAUUCUUCUCCGAUCUGUUGCAAGCUGCGCAGAAUUCAACGGAGCACCGAGUGAGAUUCGACCCGUUAGGACCGAUGGUGCAUACCGGUUGUCGUGAGAGUACCGAUAAAGAAGAACAUCUAGAAGAAUUAGUGAACCGAUUGGAAAACGUAACGAGACGACUCGAAAACGUACACUUUGCAGUUCAGACACAAGACACUGCUGUACAAACGAGCACACCUUCCCCGAGGAGAUCUACGUCAUCAGGAAGUAGUUUAUCUCUAUCGUCGAAGCAGGAAACCGUUCCAAAUCCACCUACAAAGAUGUCGAUCGCUGGAUAUGAGGACUUUUUAGCUGGACCAGUUAAAGAAUAUCUACAGUUAAGUCAAAAAAUUGGCGGCGAUGUAGAUGUUCAUAGCAAGCUUGUGGAAAAAGCUUUUCAGAUUCAGCUUCAGUUUAUACACAUGGCGGCGAGUCGUCCUGCACCAAUGAAUCAAUCCGAACAAGUAUCUUUAUUUGCGCCUAUGUCUGCACAAAUACAACAGAUUCAAGAAUUUCGCGAGAAGAAUCGUGGAUCUCCAUUCUUUAAUCACUUAUCAGCAAUUAGUGAAAGUAUCCCAGCUUUGGGAUGGGUCGCAGUGUCUCCUACACCAGCUCCUUAUGUAAAAGAAAUGAAUGACGCCGGUCAAUUUUACACUAAUCGUGUAUUAAAAGAUUGGAAAGAAAAAGACAAAAUACACAUAGACUGGUGUAAAGCGUGGGUGCAAACAUUGACCGACUUGCAACAGUAUGUCCGUCAACAUCAUACGACAGGUUUAGUAUGGGGAAAAACUGGCACACCUGCGGGCGUAUGCUUACCACCCCCUCCGCCACCUUCGAUGCCAAUCGGAGAUAUUGCACCGACGUUGAAUGACGACAGAAGCGCCCUUUUUGCUCAGAUUAAUCAAGGAGAAGAUAUCACAAAAAGUUUGAAAAAAGUCACUUCCGAUAUGCAAACACAUAAAAAUCCUGCUUUAAGAUCCGGUCCGGCACCAUUUAAAGCGCCAAUCAACGCGAUACCGAUGAAAACUGUGUUGUCAGCAAGCGCGCCUAUUGACAAGCCACCUGUAUUUACUAGAGAUGGCAAAAAAUGGCUCGUGGUAUGAAAUUUCGUAAUUGAUAACGUAGAGAUGAAUAAUGUGGUUUAUAUGUUUCGGUGCCAAGAUAGCACACUUACUGUCAAAGGCAAAGUGAAUUCCGUUGUUAUGGAUUCCUGUCGCAAAUCGUCCGUUGUAUUUGAUUCCCUGGUGUCCAGUAUCGAAUUUGUUAAUUGUCAAAGCGUACAAAUGCAGGUACUUGGAAAAGUACCUACAAUUUCUAUUGACAAAACGGACGGUUGUCAAAUGUAUUUAAGUACGGAUUCCUUGGGUGUUGAACUCAUCACCAGCAAAUCUAGUGAAAUGAACGUCAUGGUGCCCAAAGCCAAUGGAGAUUAUAGCGAAUAUCCAGUACCGGAACAAUUUAAGACUACUAUUAGUAAGAACGGUCUUAAUACCAUGGCUGUUGAUUCUCUUGGUUAAAAAUGAAGAAUUUAUUUAUAGGCGUAGCCUAUGCAUCUU